AUGGACGCCAACACCAUGUGGUCAAGCCUCGCGCUUCGCUGGCGCUACACUGGAGAUGUGUUGCAGGCACGUUGGGAGUCGCUGCUCGAUGUUAUCGGAGAUGAUCCGCUGCGUCUUUGGGUGCUCGGCACCACCAGCGUUGUCUUCUGUGUCUAUUGGCUCUAUGCGGCCAUCUUUACACUCAUGGACAUUACGAAUCGCCCUCGAUUUUUGCGCAAAUACAAAAUACAACCCGGUCAAAAUGAACCUGUGGAUCUCGGACGUCUCUGGCAUGCCGUCAAGGUGGUGUUAUUCAAUUUGACUGUGGUGAAUCUGUUGACCAUUUGGGUGCUCUUUGAACUGGUCCUCGUCCAUAGCAGUAGCCAUCUCGAUAUACGUGUGUUGCCCAGCUUUGGACGCGUUGUACGUGACUUUGCAGUGCUCAUAGUGCUGGAGGAGAUUAUGUUUUACUAUGCGCAUCGUUUGUUGCAUCACAAGGCCAUCUAUAAGUAUAUACACAAGAAGCAUCAUGAGUGGACUGCUCCCAUUGCCGCCAUCACGUUGUAUGCCCAUCCCUUUGAGCAUGUGGUGGCCAAUUUGAUGCCCAUUGGUGUCUCGUUGGCUGUGCUCGGCUCACAUGUCACUGUCGCCUGGGGCAUGAUUGCCAUGGCCGUUAUCAAUUCGAUGAGCGAUCAUACGGGCUACAGUUUUCCCUGGUCGGCGGGAUCUGUGCGUUUCCAUGAUUAUCACCAUGCCAAAUUCAAUUAUAAUUACGGCGUUAUGGGCUGGUUGGACAAAUUGCAUGGCACUUAUAGAUCUCCAAGCGAGCAGAAGCAGCAACGGCAACAGCAAUUGGCAGCCAAGCUGACCAAGAGCAAACGCAAGGCUAAAAAAUAA